CAUUGCUAUACUCUAAUAACGGUUUGCAAUCAGAAAUCGAAGCAUCAGGUUUUUUCCUUUACUUUUGUUUGUCAGUUUUAUUUAUUUAUUUUUUUUUUUUUUUGUUCUUUCGUUUUUCAAAUUCAUUUUUUCUUCUUUUGGAUUAGUCAUAAUGCAGCCACCUAAGACUGUGAAACUUAUUUAAUGACCAAAAAUUGACUUGAUUAAAAAUUCGUUUAUGUCUUGAGACAAUUGCCCAGCCAAAAAGUCUAUUGCCCAGUCAAAAAGUCAAUCACCUCAAAAUGCUACCGCCCCCGUCUCUAAACACCUUACGUAAGGAUAGUGAAGAAUGUUACGGGGAGAUAAGGUUCAUGGCGAAUGAAACUUUUUGAUUUUUCCUUUCAGGGAAAAGGCAAACAAGGAGGGUCGUGGACCCUGAUCGAAUUCCUGGACAGCCAAGAAAAUCCCUGCUUCGACGCUGUUCCUGACAAAUGGCUGAACACCGAGAAAACCGAAUGUUACUACCCAGAUCCAGACCAAACGACGACGAAAGAUUUGAAUGCACUGGCACUCAAGUGCGAAACACCGGAGUCACCGCUAGCUCCAGGGGUUACAUGGAUUACCCUCCAAAAUAUAAAAGUUGUGAAAGGACCAUACUCAAACUUUGAAGAUUGCAAGUUGGAUAUGGUCCGGGUCACCAAACAAAAAAGAACUGCUGAAGAGAGCGAGGCAGAAACUGCGAAGAAACGCCCCAGGAAGGAAAACAAGAAAUUUUCGUUUUCGCAGCCACCUCUGAGUUUUCCUAUCCUUCCAUCAAAUUCAGCCCAUAAAGCCACCAAAACCAAACCGAAAACCAAUGAAAAUCCCGUCUUGAUUAAAAUUCCAAUCUCCUCUGCAGAAGUAGAUAUUUUUUCAGGCCUUAAGGGAGUCCCCAAAACAAAGCAAGCCCCUAAGGGAGCACCCAAAAUGAAACCGAAACCAUCUACAAAUGAGAAACCCUCCUUGGCCAUUCCAGGUGAGAAACCAAAAGCUCCAAACCCAAAGCUUUCCACUCCAAAGCCAUCCCAAUCCUCCUCGGCCAAUUCAGGUGAAAAACCGAAAGCUCCAAACCCAAAGCUUUCCACUCAAAAGCCAUCCCAAUCCUCCUCGGCCAAUUCAGGUGAAAAACCACAAGCUCCAAACCCAAAGCUUUCCACUCAAAAGCCAUCCCAAUCCUCCUCGGCCAAUUCAGGUGAAAAACCAAAAGCUCCAAACCCAAAGCUUUCCACUCAAAAGCCAUCCCAAUCAUCCUCGGCCAAUUCAGGUGAAAAACCAAAAGCUCCAAACCCAAAGCUUUCCACUCAAAAGCCAUCCCAAUCUUCACUGACUGCAACAUUAAACAAUCCCAGUUCCAAAGGAGCAGCAACACUGGAAUCCCUAGAAGAACGCAUGUCACAGUAUGAAAUGCUUGCUGCAGACAGGCAAAAUGAAGUAAUGAAAAAGCUUGCGGACAUCUCAGAAACUCAAGAAAAAAUUAUGAAAACAGUGGUGGAACUCCGGACAUGUUCAUUAGCUUCGCCAGCGCCAAAAGUUAUGGCUCCUAAGAGAAUAAUCAAAGAUGAAGAUAUUGAUGUAGAUCUUCUUGAAAACCUCCCUUUGGAAAGAAACAGGGAUAUCAGAGUACUGAACGAAAGCCUCAAAGACCCUUCAGUCAAGGAUAAAUUUAUUGCAACGUUGAUUCACCAUAAAAUCAAGAAACCUCUGCUAUAUCCCAACCAUACAGCUAGGAGUGCCAUGUCUCAUCUCAUUUCGCGAAGGAAGACUUCCCUCUUCACUUGGGAUGGGAAGAAGAGAGGGGGGGUGGCCAAGGUUGCAUUUAAAAAUCUUCAGCUAAAAGAUGUUGUAAUGGAAAUAACUAAGUACCACCACCAAAACCAAGUGGACGAAGGAGCAGUUGCGUACUCAAUUGGACAGUGGUUUUCGCAAGAAACCAACAAAUACAAAAACGAAUCGAACGUAUCAGUAGGCUCUGACCAAGAGCUGGAAGACAGUAGUGAUGACCAGGAUGAGGAAGAUGACGAUGAUGUGGAAGUGGACCAGGAUGACCUGAAUGGGGUUCAUGGCGACAAUCAAGAAGUUAAUAAUCAUGAUGACAAUCAAGAAGUCAAUAAUCAUGAUGACAAUCAAGAAGUUAAUAAUCAUGACGACAAUCAAGAAGUUAAUAAUCAUGACGACAAUCAAGAAGUUAAUAAUCAUGACGACGGCGAUAACGUUGAAGACAUCAGUCAGAGAGAUAACCAGGAUAAUGACCUGAUUCUAGUUGAAAAUGCUGAUCGAAGUGACAAUGGGACAGAUGAUGAGACCAAUGAUGGUGACGAUGAGACCAAUGAUGAUGACAACGAGGACAGCAGAAUGAAGUUAAAUGAAUAGAGGUGUCGUCAGAUAAUCCAGUUUGCAAACGCAGACGACAAAUUUUAAUUCGCCAGUACACCUCUUGUUCUACGUAACAAACUUAUGUAGUCUGCCAGACUUUUGGUAUUUUGAUACAGUUUAAAUUUAUAUGUAUGUCUUGUAAUUUUCAUUGUAAACAGGUCGUUUGCGCUGGUCACAGAAUCGUGUGUUGAUGCUGGAUUCUUGUAGAUUAGGUAGAUAAUAAGACCAGUCCACACCGCGACUUUCUACGUUGAAUAUUGAGAUAUUGCCCAUUGAAAAGUCAGGUUUUUGACAUCAUACACCGCGGCAGUGACACCCUUGGUUUCUUCCACCUUAAUUGCUUUCAUCAGUCGGUGUGACGCACAGUAGCACUGGUUAUUCGACGUGAGACCUGGAUGAAAGCAAGGUAGAAGAAACCAAGGGUCUCUCUACCGCGGUGUAUGGCGUCAUAAACUCGGCUUUUCAAAGUGCGGCGAUCUCUCAGUUAAUAUUGAACAUAGAAUAAGUUGCAGUUUAGACAGAUCUCAUUAUUUUCAGCUAAUGUACGAGAAUUAGCAUCCUAACUUGAUUCUGUGACCGGCGCACUGGUCUAUUAAUAUUAUAAAUCAGAAAAUAUCUUGAUGGGAAGGUAGCUAUGAUACCUUUUUUGUGUUGUUUUAUUAAAUGACAAUAGCAAAGUGCUGUUUGAUCAUCGAGAAUUUCUUUCCGAAUUUCACACUUUUCUAGUGGUUUUAAAAAGUUUUGGUCUGUGGUGGUGUGACAUACAGAUACAUUGUCUAUGUAAUCUAUUACAUGGUUUUUAUCCUUAAUGUGCUUAUGUACGUUUGACAUAUCUUUAGAUUAAUGUUUGUCAAACCUUGUUCGUAUUGAGCGUUCUGUUUUUCCUACAAAUGUGUUUAAAUAUAUUGAUAUUAGUAGAUAC